GCAUCUAAAGGCAAAGUUACGCAGGCCGUACGAAGGAUUCUAAUGUCUCAGAAGUCAUUUGCCAAUCAUCUAGGAGAUGAAGAGGCAGCACUUGCCAACCAGACGGGCCCAAUCUCCGCGAUCGAAGCCCCUCCGGCAAAGCUCACAAAGACUUCAUCCUCUCGUGGAAAACGUGCUUCAACAUCAGCUUCAGUUGAGCCUAACUCCGCUCAAGUUACCCCGGGCGUACAAUGUCAGCUUCCCGCGUCAGCUGUGACGACCCCGCCUUCGCCAGAAGAGAGCGAUCCUUUACUUAAAUCCAUCGUCCCUUCACCUCCAUCACCGGAAGAAAUCUCGGCUCUGGUAUCGGCCCCUCCGCUCACUUAUAAUGCUGCUCGCGUCAAUCCAUCUGAUUCGGAUUUACCACAGCGUUACUUCUGCGAAAUCUGUGGGUAUUGGGGAAGAGUACGAUGCUUGAAGUGUGGCACAAGGGUCUGUGGGUUAGAAUGCAAGGGCAUACAUGAUGAAGGAAGAUGCUUGAGAUUCUACGCCUAAAGCAGAGAUGAGAUAGUAUACAGAUGUCUUUGCAUGGAUCACACUCGAGCCUAUGUUGCCACAGUGAGAAAGUCGUUUCUCUGGCAAUCUCUAGAGGUUUAGACAGCGGGACCAACCCAAAGCUAGCUUUGUUUGCUUCUUGGAAAAUGAGCUGUCUUAAAAUACCUCAUACUCAUUCAGCGCGCC